GUUGGAAGACGUCACCACCCCUGGAGCCUGGGGCGGGGCCGUUGCGGGAGAUCCAGAGGCUGUCGAGAAGCCUUGGAGGGAUGCGGAUCCAGACGAGACUCCCGAGUUCUAUAUGUAAAGUGGAAACCUUUCCUGCUCCAUCUGAAGACAGAAGCAUCUUGUAAAUGUAGAGGACUGAAUGUCCUUGGGAAACUUGACCAGGAUCUGUUAGUGAAAUCCAGGUCUUCUGAAUAGGAAGAUCUCUGGAGAUCCAUUGACCCAUUUUGCAACUGGAUUAGAGAAAAAAGAAAAGAUGGAGGGACAACAUCCAGCAGAUGCAGGAACUGGAAAACUCCCUCUUGCUGCUCAGCCUUGGAACUGUGAGAAGAAUGAGUCAAAUCUUAGGCAGAAGAUCCAGGAAGUGGGAACUAACAUUUUAGCGGUCCAUUGCUAUCCCUUCAGAAAAGUACAGUUCGAGAAGGUGACUGGGCCCCGAGAUGUUUGCAGUCACCUUCACCGCCUUUGUCUUCAGUGGCUGCAGCCAGAAAGACACACGAAGGCUCAGAUGCUGGAUCUGGUGCUCCUGGAGCAGUUCCUGGCUGUCCUUCCCCCAGAGAUGGAGAAAUGGGUGCGGGAGUGUGGAGCGGAGACAAGUUCCCAGGCAGUGGCCCUGGCUGAAGGAUUCCUGCUGAGCCAGGAGGAGGAAAAGAUGCAAGAAGAGUUGCAGAUAUCCUUGGAAGCAGCCACUGAGUAUGUCAAGGGAAGGAAAGAAUCGAAACUCUCCCAAGAGCUACUGGUUGGGGAGAUCUUUCAGAAAGAUCAAAAUCAGGAUACCAUGUCAGAGAACCAAAAGCAGUCCUUGGUAUUUUUCGAAUCACCUCUUCUUUGUGAUGUAGCUGAAAGAGUGACCGAACCCGUGCCUCAGGAUCUUGUGUCUUUUGAGGAAGUGGCUGUGUAUUUUUCUGAGGAGGAGUGGUCUCAGCUGGAUCCUGACCAAAAAGCUCUUCAUGGGGAGGUCAUGCUGGAGAACUCCAGGAAUCUGGCUUCUGUGGAAAAUAAUGUCAAAGAGGGAAAAAAAUACAUGGAACAACGCCAAGCAAUCCACCAAAAAAAGGAAAAAGGGAAGUCUGCUGAUCAGCUGGAACCAAAAAGGGAUGAGAGAAACAGAUCACAACAUGGAAUUAAAAAAAGCUUUUCUUGGAUCAGUCGACCUACUUAUCACAGAAUGAUCCAUACAGAAGAAAGACCCUAUAAAUGCCUGGAGUGUGGCAAGAGCUUUUCUAAAUCCAGUCACCUCAUUCGCCAUAAAAUGACACAUUCGAAAGAGAAACCGUAUACCUGUAUCCAGUGUGGAAAGGCCUUCCGUGAUAAUUGCUCUCUUAGAAGCCACCAGAGGAAUCACAAUGGAGAAAGGCCCUAUAAAUGCAUGCAGUGUGGGAAAGCUUUUACUCAAAGUGGUGCUCUUGCUACCCAUAAAAGAAUCCACACGGGGGAGAAACCAUAUAAAUGUAUGGAAUGUGGAAAGAGCUUUACUCAGGGCAGUCAUCUUACUUCUCAUAAGUUCAUCCACACAGGGCAGAAACCAUAUAAAUGUAUGGAGUGUGGAAAGAGCUUUUCUCAGGGCAGUCGUCUUACUUCUCAUAAAUUCAUCCACACAGGGGAGAGACCAUAUAAAUGCAUGGAGUGUGGAAAGACAUUUAGUCAAAACAGUAAUCUUACUUCCCAUAAAAGAAUCCACACAAGGAAUAAGCCAUAUAAAUGCAGAGAACAUGGAAUGGGUUUCUGUGAAAACCCAUCUCUUAUGGAACAUGAAAGGAUCCACAUAGGGGAGAAACAAUAUAAAUGCAUGGACUGUGGAAAGUGCUUUUCUCUAUUCGAUCACCUCAUUUCCCAUGAAAUGACCCAUUCAGAAGAGAAACCACAUACCUGCUUGGAGUGUGGAAAGAUUUUCCCUGAUAAUUAUUCUCUUAGGAGCCAUCAAAGGAAUCACAGGGGAGAAAGACCCUAUAAGUGCAUGGAGUGCGGAAAGACCUUUGCUUGGAGCAGUAAUCUUUCUUACCAUAAAAGGACCCACACAGGGGAGAAGCCAUACAAAUGUGUGGAAUGUGGGAAGGGUUUUAGUACCAACAGUUACCUUACUGCCCAUAAAAGGAUACACACAGGGGAGAAGCCGUACCAGUGUAUGGAGUGUGGAAAGAGCUUUAGAAGGAGUAAUCAUCUUGCUUUCCAUAAAAAGAUCCAUACCGGAGAGAGACGCUCUCCAACUCUCCCGCCUUUUCGGGGAAUCCUGGCACUUUGCGGAGAAUCCACCAGAGGGCGCUCUCAGCUUCAGGAGGGAACUGAGCAUGCGCCGAGAUCUUCCGCUAAUAGAAGACACGUGUUGCCCGGGGCGUUCGUAGGAAGCGGCUGCUGUUUCUGUUCCCGCCCCUCCCUCCGCUGUGAGUGGGAGGCGGGGCCUUUGCGGGAGGCCCAGAGGAUGCCGGGAAAUUUGGGGGGGCGCGGAUCCCGACGACACUCCCAGGUUGCAUAUGUUAAGUGUAAACCAUUCCUGCUCCACCUCAAGAUGAAAGCAUCUUGCAAGUGUGGAGGGCUGAAUGUCCUCGGUGAAACUCUUCAUGAAAUCCAGAGGAAAAAAGAGAAGAUGGAAGGACAACACCUGGCAAAUGCAGGAACUGGAAAAGGCCCUUUUGCUGCUCAGCCUUGGAGUUGUGGGAAGAAUGGGUCAAGUCUUAGGCAGAAGAUCCAGGAAGUGGGAACUAACACUUUAGAGAUCCAGUGCUGUCACUUCAGAAAAGUACAAUUCCAGAAAGUGACUGGACCCCGAGAUGUUUGCAGUCACCUUCACUGCCUUUGUCUUCAGUGGCUGCAGCCAGAAAGACACACGAAGGCUCAGAUGUUGGAUCUGGUGCUCCUGGAGCAGUUCCUGGCUGUCCUUCCCCCAGAGAUGGAGAAAUGGGUGCGGGAUUGUGGAGCCGAGACAAGUUCCCAGGCGGUGGCCCUGGCUGAAGGGUUCCUGCUGAGCCAGGAGGAGGAAAAGAUGCAAGAAGAGUUGCAGAUAUCCUUGGAAGCAGUCACUGAAUAUUCCAAGGGAUGUAAAGAAUCAUCCAAACACUCUCAAGAACUGCUUGAGGAGUUCUUCCAGAAAAAUGAAAAUCAGGAUACCAUGUCAGAGAACCAAAACCAGUCCUUGGUAUUUUUAGAAUCAACUCCUCUUCAUAAUGUAGCUGAAAGAGCAACUGAACCUCUGCCUCAGGAUCUUGUGUCUUUUGAGGAAGUGGCUGUGUAUUUCUCUGAGGAGGAGUGGUCUCAGCUGGAUCAUGAUCAGAAAGCUCUCCAUGGGGAGGUCAUGCUGGAGAAUUCCAGGAAUCUGGCUUCUCUGGAAAAUAAUGUCCAGGAGGAUCAGAAUUACAAAGAACAAUGCGAAACAAUCCAUCCAAAAGAGGAAAAAGGGAAGUUUGCCACUCAGCUGCAACCAAAAAGUGAUGAAAGAAACCGAUCACAAAGUGGAAUUAAAAAAAGUUUUUCUUGGAUCAGUCGACUUACUUACCAUAGGAAGAUCCAUACAGACGAAAGACCCUAUAAAUGCCUGGAGUGUGGCAAGAGCUUUUCUAAAUCCAGUCACCUCGUUUCCCAUAAAAUGACACAUUCAAAAGAGAAACCAUAUACUUGUAUCCAGUGUGGAAAGGCCUUCCGUGAUAAUUGCGCUCUCAGAAGUCACCAGAGGAAUCACAAUGGAGAAAGGCCCUAUAAAUGCAUGCAGUGUGGAAAGACUUUUACUCAAAGUGGUAAUCUUGCUUCCCAUAAAAGAAUCCACACAGGGGAGAAGCCACAUAAAUGUGUACAAUGCGGAAAGAGCUUUAGGAGGAAUGCUGAUCUUACCUCCCAUAAAAGGAUCCACACAGGGGAGAAGCCAUAUAAAUGCAUGGAAUGUGGCAAGGGCUUUACUCAGGGUAGCCAUCUAACUUCUCAUAAGUUUAUCCACACAGGGGAGAAACCAUAUAAAUGCAUGGAGUGUGGAAAGACAUUUACUCAAAGCAGUAAUCUUACUUCCCAUAAAAGAAUUCACAGGGGAGAAAGUCCCUAUAAAUGCAUGGAGUGUGGAAAAAACUUUGCUCAGAGCAGUCAUCUUUCUUCCCAUAAAAGAAUCCACACAGGGGAGAAGCCAUAUAAAUGCGUGGAAUAUGGGAAGAAUUUUAGUACCAACAGUUAUCUUACUGCCCAUAAAAGGAUCCACACAGGGGAGAAGCCGUAUCAAUGUAUGGAGUGUGGAAAGCGCUUUAGAAGAAGUAGCCUUCUUACUUGCCAUAAAAAGAUCCAUACAGGAGAGAAGCCAUAUCAGUGCAAGGAGUGUGGGAAGAGUUUCAACAGGAAUAGUAAUCUAAAAUCUCAUGAAAGGGUCCACUUCGGUAAUACUCCAUAUAAAUACUAGUCCUGUAGAAAUAUGUGAGAAUAUUUUGACUUUCCUGUCCAAGGUGACUCCACAAUCCUAGUUGUGAUUUUUGCUAAGUACUUUCCAAGGCAAAAAUCAGGAUGAAUGGAGAUAACGGGGAUUUAUUGCCCUCUUAAUGGUGUCUAGUCCAGUACUGAAGAAGUGCAGAUUCCUAGGAAUCCCCUCUGAUGAAUAUUUCCACUAGAGCAGAGUUGCAGGUGGAUAUUCAAUCAAUCCUCAGUCACUUGUUAUGGUUUCACAAUUUCUUCAUUUGCUUAAUCUAGUUACAAUCUUCCUUUCCACCUUUGCUUCUCAUUAUGUAAUGCAAGUAAUACCUGAGAAAGAAAACCAUAAGGACUUUAGGUCGAAGGUUGAUUUUGUCUAUCAUGAAAGGAUCCACACACAUAAAUUCAUGGUGUGUGUAGAGAUCUUUCCUUAGAGGAGUCAUUUCACAGUCCAUAAAGGGAUCCACACGGGAGAAGCCAUAUAAAUGCAGAGAAUGUUGAAAUAUUUUUAUUUGGAAUAUAUAUCUGUAUGUAUGUAUAUAUAUGUAUAUGUAUUUCAUAUGGCAUAAUAAAAUGUAGCAUUAAUGCAUUAAAAACCCACAAAAGCAUAUAAAA